AUUAUGCAUUUGCAGAUGAUACAUGUACAAUUGUUGCGCAUUCUUAGUUAGGCAAUCGUUAUACACGGUUAAUACGUUUUCGUAAGCGUACCACAGCGAAAAAUUUGCUGACAAAUUAUCACAACGAAGCCGAAAGCGCCUUUAUCGAGAGAUAGCUCCCUUGCUUAAAAAAACGAUCGAUGCUCGUCCGAAUAUCUCUACAAUCCGAGUAAGCGUGGAAAAAUAAACGAUCGCCAAGUCGUCAAUAUCUCCGGGACGUCUCGCGCGUCGCGGCCGGCAGAUUCUCAAGUUCCGAGAAAUCUAUCGCGAUAUCACCGACCGGGUCACUGCAAAGAGCUCGAGCCUCUAAGUAUCUAGUCACUAAUGGACGGAACAAAGAGAGAUCCAAGUUGAAAUUUUUCCUUUCGUUCACAUGAAUUGUCACGUGAUUGUAACGCGACAGGGUAGGAUAUUCUCAAGAAUAGGAACCUUUAUUGCGAAAUAUCUCUCACGAUAUUUACCUAUCUUGCGAUAGGUGAAGGAUGUUGGAUCCAACGUACGGGAGAUAUUAAAAAAGGCAAUUAACUUUCUCUUCUUUCCGAAAUGCCGAUUCUGAUAGACAGAGAAAAGAUCAAUUAUACAACACAUGCAGUUUCCAAUAUUUAUUUUAUGCAAGCGACAAAACGAGGAACGACAAUGUCAAAGAGAUCUGCCCGAUAUGUACAUAUCGUUUACCCGAAAGAUGUCAGAAGUCAAUCGGAGCGUCUAAACACACGAGAUUUAUUUAUUACCACAAGUGUGUCUGCUCUCGGUUUUGGUACGCGACGCAUAAGAUAUAGAAGAAAUGAAAGAAAAUCGCCCGACUCCAUUUAAAAAAAGUUAUGCAAAAUAUUGGGUGGCGCAUAUAAAGAGCUUUCGAUUGGAUACGUAUUUUAGGAUUCGCGUGUAAUCCGUAUAUUUAAGGCGCCUUCAUUCACGUGUACCUGUGUACGUGACACGUGUAUUCGAAUAUUCGUGCAUGUGACACGUGCACUCGUGUAAACGUGUGCAAAUAUUUAUCAAAAUUUGAUGAAAGAUAUCUAUUUCUGCAUAUGUUGCAAAAUUGACAUAUUACCGUAAGGACGGCGAUGUAUAAUGAAUUUAUAUAUGCAAUUUUUAAACGCACAAAUAUAUGCACAGCCUUUCAAACUUUUGGUACAACAGCGAGUCGAGUUGUUGGCACCGUAGCGACUAAAAAUGAUAUCAAGAUUAUUAUAGCUGUAAUAUAACUUGCGUCAGAUUAAUGUAACCCAAGAGGGACAAUUGAGAUAAAUUGUUGACAAAGUGCGUUUGCGCGUCGCUAUCUUCUGUAGACUGCCGCACACGACUGGCACUGAUGAUUUCAACUGGUGAAAAUCAGCUGGUCAUAUUUUUUGUGUAAAGAAAUGUUUUGAGCAAAGAAACGUUGUUAUAUCAGGCGUUAUGACGUCUGGCGGGAUCUCUGGUUGAAUCGGUAAUUAACCGUUUCAAUUUAUCAUGCACCAAUAUUACAAGUAAGGACGCUAUUCAGUCAAAUUGGCGCAGGUGUGUUAUAUCAAAUAAUGCGUCGGCGAGCGAGAGCUAGAAUAAUGGGUGGGCAUACCUGACCCAUGCAACAGGCGCAAUAAACAAAUUUCGACUGAUAUAUAAGCGCGUUCGUUGAAACGACUGCCAUUACGUAUCUCGAUUCGUGAUUUUUCCCUUCGCCGGGAGAAGAUUGGCCCAGCGUCCCCUUGACCGCGUCACGCUUAAACUUCCAAAAUCGCAAUGGCACGCGUUGCUCUUCUCGUGACCGUGCUGGCGGCUCUGUGUUACACCAACCAGGUAAGCUAUCACGCAAAAGAUUGUCUUGUGAUUCUGAGAGUACCGAAGAGUUGGCCACAGUUUCGGUCGGCCAUCCCGGUGCCAGAAAAUGUGGGAGGUUUGCAAUUGCCUGAAUUGCCUGAAGGCAUCGCCAACAAAAUACAAGAAAUGUUUGAGCAAUUACCCAAAGAAGUACAAGAAAAAUUCAAGGAAAUGACGGACAACAUCCCGGAACUUAUGGAAAACCUCAAACGAGAGCUCCAGAAACAGAAAGAGAUGGCCGAGGACUAUUUCGAGGAGGCUCUUAAGGAGGCCAAGAAAUUAUUUGAAGAGAAGAAACAAAAUGCAAACGAAAUCAUGGAAAGACUCAAGAACUUGAAAGCUGAACUCGAGAAAGAUUAUCAGUAUGCGCUGAAUGAGAAAAAUGACCAGGUGAAGGACGCCAUGGAGAAGUUGUUGAAUCAGGAAACGCUUCAGAAAUUGAAGGAGAAACUCGAUUCACUCACCAAGGACAAGUUAAAGGACCUCUUAGGAGAGAAAUCGGGUAAUAAGCAAGAUCAGACUUAUGGCAUUCUCGGAAAUGUCCUAGAGAAGGGCAAAGAUACUUUGGGCGGUGUGCAAGACAAACUGUUGGAAAACUCACAGAAGAUUAUGGAUGGUGCCAAGGGGGCUGUGGAGAAACUUAAAGAAGAAAAAAAAGAAUUCGAGGAGAUUGGUGAUAAAAUGAACAACAAAUUGAAAAACAAACUGGGUGAAUCCUUGGACAAGCUAAAGGGAAAUCUCGGUAAACUUAACAAGGGAAUGGGAACCGUGAUGGACAAAGUAAAACAACAUGCCGAUGGCGUGAAGACCGACAUUGACCAAUUAAUGAAGAAUGCUAACACGCGACUCGGUGAACUGAAAACGAGCUUAACCGGCAAUGCGAAAAAGGCUGUCGAGCAACUUAAAGAAACACUCGACGCAACAAAGGAGAAGUUGGGGGGAGUAGUCGGCAAAAUGAAAGACCAGGGGAAAGACCUUGUCGAGGGUAUGACGAAAAAACUUGGCGAAAUAAAAGAUAAGUUUGGGAGUCAAACUGCCGAGCUAAAGGAGAAGUUGGUCGCCGAAGUCGAGAAGAUGAAGGUUAAUUUGAAAGAAAAACUCGGCGAUGUCAAGGAGCUGAAGAAAAAGCUCAGCGAGAAGGUGGAGAACAUAUCUGGAAAACUUCAAAAUGGGAUGAAGGACGUUGUCGAGGAAGCCAAGAAACAAUUCGGGGAACUGAGUACGAAGUUGAAGAGCACGCUGGACAACGCGAAAGGCACACUGGACAACGUUUUUGAGGAAAUGAAAAAACAAACUGAUGAACUGAUGAAGACUGUAACCAGCGAUCUGAAAGACAGUGUCGCGGGAAUGAAGAAAGAAAUCGGCAAAAUACAAAACAUAGUCGAAGAAAAAUUCAAGGUCACGAAAGAAGAGCUUGAAAAGACACUGAAGGAGACAAUGGACAAACUGUCAAAGCAAAUGAACGGUGGGCUUGAAAAACUGAAGGGCGAGACUGGCGAAAUAUAUGAAAAGAUUAAGGAAGGUCUUAAAGGAGCUGAAGGCAAGACAAGCGAAAUGGUUGGCGAGAUUACCAACAAGCUUAAAGAAACUGGCAAGAAGCUUCGUGAAGAUGCUGACAAUCUCCUGAAGAAAUUGAAAGAUGAUAUCAAGCAAGGUGGAGAAGCACUCAAGGACUCUAAGAAACAGAUUGUCAUGGUCCAGCCCCAACAGGCAGGUUUGCUGGGCAAUGUACUAUCUGGCGUAAAUGAACUCUUAAAAGGAGUGGGUAGUGGAGUAAAAGGCGUCUUAGACGAAGUAGGAAACCUCGUAGAAGGAACAUUAGGCGACGUAGGUGGAAUGUUAAAUGGCAUAGGAAACAUGCCAAAGGGAAACAGAAAGGGUACGAAAGACACAAAGAAGACUGACAAAAUUGAAGAAACAGACACAAAGAAGACUGACAAAAUUGAAGAAAAAAUAGACGAGAGCGUCGAUGAGAAGGUUGAACAGUAA